CUCGCUGACGUCACAGACGCAGUGACAUUCUAGAGCUGGGACCACGUCAGGCAGCUCCGCAUUCUGGGGAGAAGCCGAGCAGGAGAGGGAGAAAGGAAAGACGCUCUUCUUCUCUGCCUAAACAUGGCGGUACAAUCUGUCAACCGCUCUGUGAGUGUGGGGGAUCUGGUGAGGGAAGCCGAGAUGAGCCUGCUCGAAUGCAAGGUGUGCUUUGAAAAAUACAGCCACGAGCAGCCGCGGAGGCCCCGGAACCUGGGAUGCGGCCACGUCAUCUGCCUGAGCUGCUUGGUGAACCUGCUGGAUCCGCAGACCCAGACGAUCGAGUGCCCCUUCUGCAGGAGCCUGACCACCCCGAGAAGCGACUGCCUUCUGCUGCUGCAGGUCCUCGAGUUCCUGGGCCCCGCGCUCAGCACAACCCCACCGGGACUCGGGUUCACGGGGCCCCGGGCGAUCAGGUGGUUCCCAGGCGCUCUAACGUGCGUCCAAACCUUUGGGGGCUGGGGAAAGCUCAUCAACCCCAAUUCGCUGGCCUUCUGUCGGAAAACCGGGAACAUGGCCGUAACGCAUGACGGCAGGAGCCGAGUGAAGAUUUUUGGCCCAGACGGAGUAUGUGCCCAACGCUUUGGAGAAAGGGGGAACGGCCCCGAGAACAUUCGGUACGCGCUGGGUGUUACCAUUACCAGCGACAAGUACGUGGUCGUCACCGACGCUGGGGACCGCUCAGUGAAAGUGUUUGAUUUUGCAGGACAGAAUAAGCUGUGCAUCCAAGGUGUCUUCUCUUUGCCCUGGGGUGUGCAGACCACCCCGAAGAACGAAAUCCUGGUGGCUGAUAAUGAGACGGGGUCGCUUUACCUCUUGAAGAUUGACUUUAAGAAAGCGGAGCUUAAGAGUACGACCAAGCUCCCGAUUAGUUUCUGCAACCCCAGAUCCAUAGCUGUGUGUCCGUUCACUGGGUUCAUCGCGGUAGCCGAGAACCUGAAAGCUGAUGGGUGCAAGCCGGCCUCCUCCAGAAUCAGAGUGUUCAGCCCUACUACCUUGAAGCUUCUGGGCCAAGUGGACAGUUUUGGCCUGAGCCUCUUCCUGCCUGCCAUACUGGAUGUCACUAGUAUUUCCUUUGACUUCCACGGGAACCUCCUUGUUGCUGAUGCAGCUAACCACAGUAUAGGGUGUUUAGGGAAACCUUGGGAGUUUCCAUCCUAUAAGCCUGUCAUUACCCACGGGCUUUCUUACCCCGCGGCAAUGAGUUACACUGAUGAGAAUACCCUCAUUGUCCUAGACAGCGGUACCCAUACCGUAAAACUUUACGCGUUUGACUGGACACUCUAGGCAGAUAAAUUUACUUGUGCAUGCGUAUAGUACUCAUUUAAAAAUCUGAUUUAUGUCAAUUGUAUUUCACAGAUAGAAGAUGUUAGGGAUUGUCCAGGGAUGGGGAGAGGAGCUUGUGAUUUCAUCAAAUCAACGUAAAUGUUUUUUCUUGGAUAGUACUCUUGAUGAAAUUACUAUUGGCCUUACUUUAAGCAAGAAAAAAACGAAAGGCUUAUUCCAAAAAAAGGCAGUGACUAUGUCUCCUUCUUUUGCAUUGCACAAUAUAUUUAACAAAUAGGUACUUGUUGCUUAGUUAGCUGCUGGAAAAGGUCUGAGCUGGCAACCAGAUUUUCAAAUAUUAUAGAAGUGUGUGUGUGUGUGUGUGUGUGUGUGUGUGUGUGUGUGUGUUAGUAGCCUGGGACACCAGUGUUAUGGUAAGAACACUACACUGUACAGUACUGUGUAACCUUAACUUGCUAUGUUGCUAUGUUAGAGGCAGUUAGGUGGCCCAGUGGAAAGAGUGUGGAAGUUGGAAUAAGGAAGACCCGAGUUCACAUCCAACUUCAGAUAGUUACUGUGAGACACUAGCAAGUCACUUAGGCUCUGCCUGCCUCUGUUUCCCUAUAUGUAAAAUAGCACCUACAUCCCGGGGUUGUGAUGAAGGUAAAAUUAAAUAUAUUCAAAGUGCUUUGCAAAUCUGUAAAUGCUAGCUGCUAUUAUUGUUGUGUCACUUGUAUUUAUUCAAGGUAGAAAAAUAGCAUAUUUGUGUAAGACUUUUGUUGUUAUUCAGUCAUUUUGUAAAUUGGGUCCAACUCUUUAUGACCCCAUGGGGGGAGUGGAGGCAAAGAUGCUUAAGCAGUUUGCCAUUUCUUUUUCUGCUCAUUUUAUGGAUAAGGAAACUGAAGCCAACAGGGUUAAGUGAUUUGCCUAGGGUCCUGUAGACUGGAACUCAGGAAGAUGAGUCUCCCUAACCCCAGGCCCUGAAUCCUAUCCACUGUGCCACCUACCUGCCCCCAUAUGGGUAUUUAAAGUUUUUAUAAAGCCCUUGCCUCACAGCAACCCUGUAAGGCAGUGAGUCUUAACCAUUUGUGGAUCAUACUUUGGGAGGUCUAGUGAAGCCUAUAGACUCCUUCUCAAAGUGUUUCUAAAUGCAUAAUAUAAAAGACAUAAUAUAAAAUAAACCAAUAUAUUGAAACAGUUACUACAUUAAAAAAAGUUUAUGGACUCCAGGUUAAGGACUCCUGCUAUAAGGCAAGCAUUACUAUCCUGUUCUCCAGGUGAAGAAAUGGCAAUUCAGAGAGAUAAUAAUUUGCCUGCAGUAACCAUACCUGUUAAAUGUCAAAGCAAGCCAAGUCUCCUGGCAUCAAGUCCAGGGCUCUUUCCACUAUAUCGUGUUACUUGUUUAUAUAGUCGGAUAUUUUGGACUUGAAAUAUGUGAUAUCACAAAACAAUUUAUGAGUGUGGUGUACUCUAUGUGAUAUGAAACUGGUUCUAUUUGUUCAAAAUUCUCAAAAAACUGUAUUUGUUAUCCUAAAUGAGUAUCUAGCACUGUGGUUUACUCUAUGUGAUUUGAAACUUGUUCUAUUUGUUGCAAAAUUCCCCAAAAUCUCUACUUGUUAUCCUAAAUCAGUAUCUAGCACUGUGGUUUACUCUAUGUGAUACAACACUUGUUCUAUUUGUUGCAAAAUUCUAAAAAAAUCUCUUCUUGAUAUCCUAAAUCAGUAUCUAGCACUGUGGUUUACUCUAUGUGAUAUGAAACUUGUUCUAUUUGUUGCAAAAUUCUCAAAAAUCUCUACUUGUUAUCCUAAAUCAGUAUCUAGCACUGUUUGGGGUAUUCAAUAAAUACUCAUUGAAUUGCUUCAAA